AUGACAGCGGACAAAGAAAAAGACAAAGACAAAGAGAAGGACAGGGAUAGAGACCGGGAUAAGGACCGAGACAAGAGAGACAAGGUGAGGGAGAGUGAAAACUCGCGUCCUCGACGGAGCUGUACACUGGAAGGAGGCGCCAAGAAUUAUGCGGAAAGCGACCACAGUGAAGAUGAGGACAAUGACAACAACAGUGCCACCACAGAGGAGUCCACAAAGAAGAGCAAAAAGAAACCACCCAAGAAGAAGUCCCGAUACGAGAGAACAGACAACGGAGAAAUAACAUCCUUUAUCACAGAGGAUGAUGUUGUAUACAGGCCAGGAGAUUGCGUAUAUAUUGAAAGUCGCCGGCCGAAUACCCCGUAUUUCAUCUGCAGCAUUCAAGACUUCAAACUGAGUAAACGGGACCACCUCCUUAUGAAUGUCAAAUGGUACUAUCGCCAGUCUGAAGUCCCAGAUUCAGUCUAUCAGCAUUUGGUUCAGGACAGACACAACGAGAACGACUCUGGACGAGAGCUUGUUAUUACAGACCCAGUUAUCAAGAAUCGAGAGCUCUUCAUUUCGGAUUAUGUGGACACUUACCAUGCUGCUGCCCUCAGAGGGAAGUGUAACAUCUCCCAUUUCUCUGACAUAUUUGCUGCUAGAGAGUUUAAAGCCCGAGUGGAUUCAUUUUUCUACAUCCUGGGCUAUAAUCCAGAGACAAGGAGGCUAAACAGUACCCAAGGCGAGAUCAGAGUUGGGCCCAGCCAUCAGGCUAAGCUUCCCGAUCUGCAGCCGUUUCCUUCCCCAGAUGGUGACACAGUGACACAGCAUGAAGAACUUGUGUGGAUGCCAGGAGUCAACGACUGUGACUUACUCAUGUACCUAAGGGCAGCAAGGAGCAUGGCAGCGUUCGCAGGCAUGUGUGAUGGAGGGUCCACAGAAGAUGGUUGUGUUGCAGCCUCCCGCGACGACACUACACUCAACGCGCUCAAUACACUACAUGAAAGUAACUAUGAUGCUGGAAAAGCCCUGCAGCGCUUGGUGAAGAAACCUGUGCCAAAACUGAUUGAGAAGUGUUGGACUGAAGAUGAAGUG